ACAGCCUCGUGUUCAGCUCGAAGGACGAAAAAUCGUGGCGGACGCCAACAGUGUCAAAUAUAAACCGUCAUCACGGAUUCCAAAGCAGAAAUCGUCGGUGCCACCGAGGAACAUGAACGUGUGGAAGGUUCCUCGGGUAAGCGUUGGCAUAUGAAGUUCCGUCGGGUGUUCAACCAUGAUAAAAUGGCCACAAGUCAUUUGACAAUAGAUGCUGAGUUUCAGACAGUCAAGCUUGCGGUAUUAGGAGCACCGGGUGUUGGGAAGACAUCUAUAAUACGACAGUUUGUAUGCAGUCAAUAUAGUGAUGAAUAUCUCACGACAGAUAAGAAACAGGUGUUUUGUCCAUCAGUUAUCAUCAAUGAACAUCUGUACGAAUUGAAGAUUAUAGAUUGUCCUUAUAUUCCUUACUUUCCUGUGAAUUCAUUAUAUGAAUGGACGGACUUCAGAGGAUAUGGCUUACGUAACGCCACUGCAUAUUUACUAGUGUACGACAUCACGUCGGAAGAUAGCUUCCAAUACAUCAAAAACCUCCGGGAUCAGAUACUCGAGAGUAGGGACAUGCACGACGUGCCUAUGUUUGUGGUCGGGAACAAGCAUGACCAAUCAGAGGAGAGGGGGAUUCCCCGAAGAGAGGUUAUUAACCUUGUGAAAAAACAAUGGAAGUGUGGCUACAUAGAAUGUUCUGCAAAAUUUAAUUGGCAUAUUAUAUUACUGUUUAAAGAACUCAUGAAGACUUUAGACUAUAUAGAUUAUGGGCAUAAACCCACAUCAGUCCGUGUUCAAAACGCCCUUCGAAGAAAUCGGUGCUUAAUAUUAUGAUACUGUUAACGAUUUUGUUGUGUGCAGAAAUCUGAACAAAAAUUAUGGAUGGGGUUUAAGUAAUGCCUUGAUAUGAUGUCAAACCUCGGCGAUCUAUACACCAAUAAACGAAAGAAGAAGUCACUAUGUGUUCUUCCUGGUCAGUGUAUAAUAAAACGAUAUCUAUUACAGUCUUUGUCGAUACUAUAAGAAAGAUACUGGUGGCUUAACCAUACGAAAAUAAUGAAGUACGAUUGUAUGGCGUCUUCAUUACGCCAUACAAGUGUUUUUAUGUUUCCUGGCUCCACGAACGAAUACAACUCUAUUAUCCAUGGAUGUGAGGUUAAUACGUAUGCAUGUGCGCUUAAAUGUGUUCACUAUUGAUCCGUUGUAUGGAUUACAGAUCUAACUCUAGUAUAACCUUCUUCCGCCUCAAAAUAAAACAACAGUUCGAUAAAGUAAUAAUAUUUUUACUGAAAGUGAGAACAGCGUUACUUGCUUGAAGCUAUCGAUACAAAUUUUGAUGGAUUAUAUUAUUCCAAAAUGCCAGUAUUUUAAUUUUGUGUUCGAUUGUUUCAAAAAGCCCCACGAUAUUUAUAUUCAAACUCAUAAUACUUUUAUUGAUAUCAGUUUUAUUGAUAUACGAAACAAUUCUGCAAAAGCAUUGAUCUUCGUUUUCAACUUCGUCAAAAAAAGUAUAACGGGUUUGAAAACAAUAGAAUAAUCAGAAUCGCCUUCAUUAUACCAGAAUGAAAAAAACAAAGUUCUCAGCUACACAGAAAUUAAACAAGUAAUGCCAAUGUUAUACAUUCCAAAAAGGCAACCAAUUCUCUUCUUGGUGCUGACUAUGCAUGCAGGUUGAUGUAAUAAAACGGUGGAUCUCUACAUAUGAGUCUUAAAAUUCAAACCCAGAAUACUCUCUAAAAGCCAAAUGUCGAUGUAGGGCCAAUGAAGAAAACUGACAACCGUGAAAUGUAAAGAAAAAAGACAAUUACGUUGGCUUUGAGUUUAUUGCAGGAAAAAAACUGUUUUUUAUUAAGAAAUGUCAGAUAGAAUUAGUGGAUAAGCAGUCGAUCAAUACAUUAACAGGAAUCUGUUUUCAUCAAAAACACAUAAAAUUCAGUAAAACCAUUCCAUGGAGACAUCGUUUGUGAACUUUACUUUUGUUUUUCUACGCGUGACUUCGACGUCAAAGAUUUGGAAACCAACAGCAAUUUAUGAGACAAUAAUAAGCAUUCCAUGGAGAAGUUCAGUUAACAAAAUUUCUGCAUCCAGCAUUUUGUGAACCAAUUUAACAGCUAUAGACUAUAGAUAAUAUACACAUAAAAGUAACCACCCUGUUUGCUGUGUAUGCCAAGUUACAAUGCUUUUUAAUUACUUUAUCCAGGCAAACCAUCUGACUUUAGAUGUAACUGAUAAGCACAUCCAAAUUUAAUAUGCUUUUUACCCAAAAGCCCUAUAAGGGACUGUGCACUAUAUUAUGUGAAUUGUUUUUGUGUGGUUCGUUUAAGACCAGUGGUCGGGUUAGACUUCAUGGACAUACGAAGAAAGAAUUUAAAAUUCUAUAAACAUUGCUCAAAUAUAAAUAAAAGACCAUUAAAAGACAUGCCAUAGAAAUAUUGUACGCAGGGUAAUGGUCCUAUGUGGAUUUUAUACCCCACCGUUAGACUUACAUAAAACCUUCACAAUCGCUUGAGAGGCAAAUCUAUCAGCUAUUUACAACAUUCAUUCGAAAUCUAUAAAAACUAAAAUUAUGUUAAAUCUUAUUUGUGUCCAUUACCACAAUAACGUUAUCAUUCAUUUUAUUUGUCACGAUUUGGUAAUGCCCUUUGUCCCGAUGAAGAAGCUAAAACCCUAUGCCCCGAUGAAGAAGCUAAAACCCUUAUUAUUGUCACCUUUUCCACUUUGACUGUUCGAAACCAUCUCAAUCAACGGCUCCACCAAAUCUAUCCGCUUGUCAAGAGAAUAGCUAUGAAAUGGUUAUAGUUUCUGGCGGUUUUGUAAAUGAGCAGCAUUUCUAAAUGUAAAAUAAAAUAUUUACAUCUACCUAGUGGAAAAGGUGUUCUAAUAAAUGUUAAGAAAAUUUAGAAUUUUGGAAAUCAUAAUAUUUCACCAUGACAAAAUGUUAUUUGGAAUCAUCGGUUGAAUGUUAUUUUUACUUCUCGUUUUUAAGUAAUUGUGGAAAUAUAUCAUUUGUAUUUUGUGAAAUAAUUCUUGUCCAAAUGUAUACUAGAAAUUUAUCAAAACAAUUAAACAAAGGCGGUUUUGUAUUGAUGAAGUUUAUAAUUUAUUUUAUGGACCUUAUAACACAAGGUCCAUGGUUAUUUGAAUUCAAAAUAUAAAAUCUAAAGCCUUUUCCAAACUCCGAGUUUAACAGGAAUAUAAUUAAUUCAUUUUUCGAAAAGUCCUAGUUGAAUUCGACAUCAUAUUUUCUUUUUAAAUUGACUCAACUCAAAUGCCACACAGUUAUUAAAACAAUAGAAUGUUGAUUUAUUUUCUAAAUUACAGCCGAGUUUCAGUGUUCCACAUGAUUCUGACUAUAUUUGUCAACCAUUUUAUCCUACAUCACUUAAGUACAUAGAUGUCUUUGAUUCUGAGAAAGAAAUAUUUACAUAUCGUGACAAAUAAUCUUUGUAAUUUUUACCAGUAUGACUGUGCGUGUUAUUAAUAUAUUGGAUGUGAAUUGAUUUAAUAUACGAUAUUUGUGACUUACAUCGUAAAAUAUUAUAAAUCUGAUAUAAAUACUCUUACAUCUUU